AUGUCAAUUACGCCACCCUCCCCUGUCCUGCUUGCCUCGACGCGCCGCCUCCGGCACAACCAGGACGACCCAUCUGUGGCGUUGGACAGACAUCCGACUGCGCCUUCAGAUAUGGAAAUACACGUGGCGCCAUCGUUGCUGUCGAUCUGGUCGACAAACAGCGGCACAGCGCUCCUUCCGCCGCCUGGAGGUUCAAAGUCGAUGUCGGUCUCAUCCCGCUCCAAGUACACUUCGGCCCUUCGAGUGGCACUCGACGCGCUAGUAGAGCGGAUCAGAACUCUGUUCACUAUGCCUGCACGAUUUCCCAAGGCGACAGGACACGUUCCUGUGCAAGCCGUCAAUACUCUCGCCGACGCCCGUCAUACGGCAUUCAACGGGCUGUUGGAGCACAUAGGAGCUCUGCGCACGAUCCUCGCAGAAUCUACUGAGGCGGCAGGACGCUUUCUUGCGCGAGCUGCUAAAGCUCUUGUGGAAGUCAUUAAAUGGGCGUCCAAUAUUGUCGCGACAACGAUCGAGGCCAUUGUGAGGGUGAUUCUCCCAUUCCUUAAAUGGGAGCUUGGCCACGUGUGCAUUGGAGCAUUCUGGUCCCUCGCGUGCGGGCAUACCGGACGUUGGAUGUUAACAAGGGCUCUCCGGCACUCAGAAGCUACAAGCAUCGGAAUCAGUCGUGCAUCUGCGGCCGGAGGAGCCGGACUCGGCGCGGUACUGGGAGUGGGGUAUUUCAUACCAGACGCGCUGCAUGGGCUUUGGUCAUGGUUCAGUUUGAUCAUCGCUGGGAUUUUUGGGCAGGCUUUCGGAAAUUCCAUGUUGCACGGGAAGGAUUCUGGAACUCUGGAUGUUCACUAUGCGCUGCUCGCAGGCGUGUGUGGGGAGGUCUUGCUAUUGGUACUUAUGUUUAUUAUAGACCUUGCCAUCGAAUCCUUUGAUUGA